GAAAUCAGACAUCAAGCAACCCACAACAAACGGCUGUUUGACUCGAACAUUGUUUUAGACUCUUAUUUUCCCAGGAAAAGAAAACCCACAUCAAAGAUCUUAAAAUUCUUGAAAAAGAAAAAAAAAAGGCAGAAAAACAAUCUCAAAUUCAAAGUAUAAAAAAAUUAGAGAUGGGAUUCUUCACCUACGCCGUUACCGGCGUUGGGUUCAUCCUGAUCGGCUUCUGGGAAUCUAUCAGUUCCUUAAACCCGACCCGAAACCUGAAUCCAACUCCAUCUUCUUCACUUUCAACCCAGAACAAAUCUACCUCCAUUCCAAAAACUAAAGAAAACCCAUUUUCCUCUUCAUCAUCCUUCAUCUUGGUAUCAAUCUUGUCCCUUUCGACCUUCUUGAAUUCCGUGGUUUCAAUCUUUGAUGCUUUCAAUUCAAAGGAUCGGGUGGGGUCGAUGCUCCAAUUACAAGUACUCUCACUUGCCCUGCUUUUCUUGCUUUACUCUGCUUUAGGUCUUUUAAACAGUAAGAAAAGUUCAUACUUUUGGCCUGAUUCCGUUCUUGAAUUAGUUCUGCUUUUCGCUUUUGUUGAAGAGUUUUUCUUAUAUUACUUGCAAACGAAGGAUACAAGUGGGAUUGAGAAUAGAUAUUUUAGUCUUUUAUGUGUUCCCAUAGCCAUUUGUGUGGUUUCUACAAUGCUAGAGUUGAGGUCAAAAAGGUCGGCUUCCUCGAAAUUGGUGCGAGGCAUUGGGUUGAUUUUACAAGGAACAUGGUUUGUGCAAAUGGGAUUUUCAUUUUACACUAAUUUGAUGGUUCAUGGAUGUAGUUUACAUGAAAAUAGCAGAGGGAAUUAUACUAUUAAGUGCAAAGGUCACCCAGAGUAUCAUAGAGGGAGAGCUAUCGCGACGUUGCAAUUUAAUUGCCAUCUUGCUUUGCUUGUGGUUUUGGUUGUCGGGAUGCUGUCAGUCAUGGGGAAAAGAAAUGGAGUUGGUGCUUCAGGGGAUGGUUUACCAUAUAGACCAUUAGGGGCAGAAAUGCAGCAGAUGGAUAAUAAUGUGGGGAAUUUCACUUUGGAUUCUGAUGAUGAUCUCGAUGAUGGGAUUAACGAAGAAGAUGGUUUGGGGAAAGAAGAUGCAGCUAUUGUGGAAUUGGGUGUCAAUGGUCAUGGUUCACAUGCGUGAGGUUGUGAAUUCACUGAAUUGUAUGGAUUGGAACUCAUCAACGACCUCAUAUCUACUUUUUCUAACCUGAUAUUUUUCUUGAGAUCCUGCUAAAUGUUUUUCACGAUAGUCCAUAUGAUUGUUUUUAUUUAAAGUUGUUAGAAUUUAAAUUUUGCUCAAAAAAAUUAAGAAUUCAGCAUUCUAUCAACAUAUCACACCAGAUUAUAUUCACAUUUAUUCACACCGGUAAGUCAAACUAUCAUACAAUGAAUUUGAAUUCACUAUCAGGUUAUUAAUCCUAGAUUGGAAAGCCUACUAUAAAAUGUCAGGACAAUUUCAAAGGAAAAGAUAAAUGGCAAAAAAAUAUGAUCCAAGAAAAAAAAACAGAAUUUGUUCUUCUGUUUUCUUAUUUUCCUUGAGGAAGUGUAAAUACUUCAUUAGAAAAAAUAUUGGGUUACU